AUGUCUGAAAAGGAAAAUAUUAAAGAGUCAGUUAACAAGCUACUAAAAGAGAUCUCAGGCACAGACUUGGGGACAGAGGUAGUUGAAAUUUCAAGAUUGGGGAGAAAGUCUGAUGAAAAAAAAUCAAGACCCGUUCUAGUUCAGUUUUCUAAUUAUACUGUUAAAAAUCUCAUCCUAAACUGCGCCAAGCUGAAAAAAUCCUUGAAUUUUAAUAAAGUCAUCAUCAACCAUGACCUUUCAAGGGAAGAUAGAAUAAGUAACAGGAAGAUUUUGGAAGAGAAAAAAAAAGAAAUUGGUGAAAAAGAUGAUGUAUCAAAGUGGUCAUUCAGACUGAAGGGCGUGCCAGGAGACUUUUAUGUUAUUGCUUUCAAGAAGCAAAAUUUACUAAAAAGUCCAAACUCUAAUGUUGGAAAUAAUGAUCUUUUGCUGAAGUUGAUAAAUGAUGUGCUGGCAUUACCUGGUGAAACCCUAUUGUUUGGGGACUUUAAUUUUCCUGACAUUAACUGGGACACGUCCAGUUUUGAAGGUAAUGAUGAGAGGGUUGAAAACAGAUUUUUGAAUCUUCUUAAAGAUAAAUUUUUAAUACAACACAUCAAUCAUCCAACGAGAUUUAGAGAUGAUCAGACAUCAAGUAUCCUGGAUCUG